AUGGUCUAUGAGCCCGUAGGAUGUAUAUGGGCGGGUCUGUCCCCUGGGUGCUCGGAUUCAACCGCAGUCAUUAGCACGUUUGCCUUGUUUGCAGUUGAGGGACUGGCGAACCACUUUGCGACCAAACACGGGUCUACUUACAUUCCAAGGCAUUGGGCAUUUAAAGUCUCACCGGCCUCGAUGUUGCCUCCACACAGGCUGGCUGCCAGACGUUCCUUCCAAUUCUUCGCUUGCACAUUGGAGGAUAUUCCCUUAUCUGCCAUUGAAAGCUUCUCACGAACUUCCAAGAUCUCUUGUAGCAUCGAGGGCUGUGGCGAUCUUGUUCCAAACACUUCAGAUUCCAUUGAGGCAUGCACGCGCCGAACGUUCACACCUCGUGAAAACCAAAGGACUACGCGCAUGACGCAAAGCCAGCCGCUCCGCUUUCCCAGCCCAAACCGAGAAGCGCUCGAUAGGAAUGCCUCUACAGCAACGAUCGAGGCAGAAAAACCUCAAUCUACGCUACUCUUGCCUAGGCUUCUUCGCCCAAAGACGCCGGACGAGAAACUAUGGACUCCGGGGGAUGGCUCGCUUCACAGGGUGCCAGGGCACGGCUGCUUCGCUGGCUACGGAUACCUUGACGGCUCCCAGGAGGAAACUGACAUAGCACUCAUCAAGCAACCAAAAACCCGGCUGGUCACUAACGAACAAUUGGUCGCCGAGGUGAAAGGUAUUUAUGCCGGGCUGGUCAUGGUCGAGUCCAAGUGUAUCGAAGUGAUCAAUGCCCAGAGCUCACAAAUUGAUGCCAAGCUCAAUGACGAGCAGUGGCAAGCACUGAUCGCCCUUCAUAGGACUCUUCUUCAUGAGUAUCACGAUUUCUUCUUGGCUUCGCAACACCCGUCUGCAAGCCCGGUGCUUCGACGUCUCGCUUCAAAAUAUGCGAUGCCGGCGAGGAUGUGGAGACACGGCAUCUACUCCUUCUUAGAACUUCUUAGGAACCGCUUGCCAAUGUCUCUCGAGCACAUGUUGACAUUCAUUUACCUAGCAUACUCCAUGAUGACGCUCCUGUAUGAGACGGUACCAGCGUUUGAAGAUAUCUGGAUCGAGUGUCUCGGAGACCUAGGCAGAUACAGGAUGGCGAUCGAAGAUUGCGAUAUUUGGGACCGCGAGGUGUGGACUUCAAUCUCACGACACUGGUAUUCGAAGGCCUCGGAUAGGGCCCCUACCACCGGACGCCUGUAUCACCACCUAGCAAUCCUUGCUCGACCGAAUCCUCUACAGCAGUUGUUCUAUUACACAAAGUCAUUAUGUGUGCCAAUCCCUUUUACAUCAGCUCGGGAGUCAAUUAUGACUUUGUUGGAGCCCUUUUUAGACUCGAGCCACACACAGCCAAUGCGUCAAAUGCCAGUCGACCGCUCGUUUGUGAAGGCUCAUGGGAUUCUGUUCAGUGGAAGAUGUAAAGACGACUUUCAACUUGCGGUGGAAGAAUUCGUGGGCGACUUAGAUAAGCAUAUUGGAAGGACAACUCGGCGAUGGAUGGAGUCCGGAUAUUAUAUCGCAAUUUCGAAUUGCUGCGCUCUUCUAAACUAUGGCAAGGAGCAUAAUAUCAUCUACCAAAACAUCUGCUCGCAGCGGGUAGAAGAAGCAACGGACAUAGACGUGGUGGAGUCAAACCAAUCACUGGGAGAGACAUUCGAGCGAGCAUUACACUUGUCCCAGGAAACCUACAAGAUUGUCUUGCGCAGGUUUGCGGAUCCUAACGUCUUACCGUUUUUCCACACUGUCCUGGUCUUCACAUAUCAUCUGACCUUCUUCCCCAACGCCAUGGCGACUAUCGACAAGACGUUUCCCUGGAAAUUGGUUUCUUUAUCACUUAACUCGUUACUCUUACCAUAUCUACAUUACGAGCGAAUCCAGAGCGAGAGAUUCCCAUGGCCCGAGAUGGACGUCCAAAGGCCAUUGCCUGAGGAUUUUGCGAUGAAAGGACUCCUGUGGGUGGAUAAAUACUUCCCGAUAGACUGGUUCUCCAAUGAGAGGAUUGAUGAUGAGAAAUAUUUCGAGGUGGCCUCCAUGACUGAGGAGAGGAAGGAACGAAUUCUAUGGCUUGGCUGUCGGAUUGCCGGGGUUGGAAGGUGUCUCACAUAUGAUGAGUCCAUCCACCAGUUUGGAGUUGUCCCUGAAUUUGAGACAGAAAUCGAGGUGUUGGAAAAUAACGCGACAGAUAUGGAUAUGUUUGGUGUUUCGGAAGUCUAG